AUGGCAUCUACUAGUGCAGAUCCACAGUCUUCGAUAGCACAAAAAACAUGGGUAAUGGCUAACAAUAUAGAAACUAUAUCAAGUGUUGACGAUAUUUAUCGUUACGAUAAAAAACAACAACAGGACAUUUUAGCUGCAAAACCAUGGGAAAAAGAUCCCCAUUUCUUCAAAGACAUCAAAAUAUCAGCGCUUGCGUUGCUGAAAAUGGUUAUGCACGCGCGAUCUGGAGGUACAUUAGAAGUUAUGGGGUUGUUGUUAGGUAAAGUUGAUGCAAACACAAUGAUUGUAAUGGACUCAUUUGCAUUGCCAGUAGAAGGAACUGAAACUAGAGUUAAUGCCCAGGCUCAAGCUUAUGAAUAUAUGACUGCUUACAUAGAAGCUGCAAAACAGGUUGGCAGACAUGAAAAUGCAAUUGGUUGGUAUCACAGUCAUCCUGGCUAUGGAUGUUGGCUCUCGGGCAUUGAUGUCUCCACACAGAUGCUUAACCAGAACUUCCAGGAACCAUUUGUUGCUAUUGUUAUUGAUCCUGUCAGAACUAUUUCAGCAGGAAAAGUGUGCUUGGGUGCUUUUAGAACAUAUCCUAAGGGUUACAAACCAGCUAACGAGGAGCCAUCAGAAUAUCAAACAAUCCCGCUCAAUAAAAUAGAAGACUUUGGAGUACAUUGCAAACAAUAUUAUUCUCUUGAAGUGUCAUACUUCAAGUCUUCAUUAGACAGAAGGUUGUUAGAUUCUCUCUGGAAUAAAUACUGGGUGAAUACGCUGAGUAGCUCCAGUUUGAUCACCAACGCAGAUUAUACUACCGGACAGAUAUUUGAUCUAUCUGAUAAAUUGGAGCAGAGUGAAGUUUGUUUAGGUCGAGGAGGUUACAUGGUCGUAGGAAGUGACCCGAAUGAGAAACGCACCGAAGAUAAACUUGGCAAGGCCACUAAAGAUGCAUGCAAGACCACAAUAGAAGUGAUUCACGGACUCAUGGCCCAAAUGAUUAAGGAUCGCUUGUUCAACAGUGUCAGUGGACGUCCCGCACCUCCCACACCUAUGAUCGAG